AUGUCUUCUACUCCUCCUGACAGUCCAAAGAACUCCAAUAAUGAAGGUCCUAAGAAAGAAAACAGUGGCAAUGAAGCCAUUGAUCCUACCAUGAACCCAUCGAGUCCCUUCUUCAUUCAUCCUAGUGAAGGACCCUUCUCUGUCUCCAUAACCCCUGUCCUUGAUGGCACAAACUAUCAGUCUUGGUCUCGUGCCAUUAAAAUGGCUUUAAUCUCAAAAAACAAGAUGGCUUUCUUGUUAGGCACCAUUCCUGUUCCUAAGGUUGAAGAACCUCUUUAUUCUGCUUGGGAAAGGUGCAAUACCCUCAUCAUGUCGUGGUUACUUAACUCGGUUACUCCCUCCAUCACUCAAAGCGUUAUUUUCCUCGAGUGUGCCAUAGACAUUUGGAAUGACCUUUGCGAACGUUUUUUGCAACGCGAUCUCCUCAGAAUCGCAGAGCUCCAGGAAGAAAUAUAUGGACUUUCUCAAGGAACUCGUCCUGUCACUGAGUUCUACACCGCACUGAAGACCCUCUAG